UUAGCUGAAUCCCCCCCGGAACCUGACCGGAAACCCCGCCCUGUCGCUCCGUCAGAGGACAGGGAAAAGAUGGCGACGUCCCUGAGGUGUUUUCUUCGCUCCGGACAGAACGCCGUGUCGGUUGUGUGUCGGCGGGGCUUCCAGCGGAGCGCUCCGGCCGGUGUUCAGGUGACGGUCCGCGACGCCCUGAACCAGGCCAUGGACGAGGAGCUGGAGCGGGACGAGAGGGUCUUCCUGAUGGGGGAGGAGGUGGCUCAGUACGACGGCGCCUACAAGGUGAGCAGAGGUCUGUGGAAAAAGUACGGAGACAAACGGGUCAUUGACACGCCCAUCUCAGAGAUGGGGUUUGCUGGCAUCGCUGUGGGGUCUGCCAUGGCCGGCCUGAGGCCCAUCUGUGAGUUCAUGACCUUUAACUUCUCCAUGCAAGCCAUCGACCAGGUCAUCAACUCUGCAGCAAAGACCUGCUACAUGUCCGCCGGGCUGCAGCCGGUCCCCAUCGUCUUCAGAGGACCCAACGGGGCGUCGGCCGGCGUGGCCGCGCAGCACUCGCAGUGCUUCGCUGCGUGGUACGCUCACUGUCCCGGUCUGAAGGUUGUGAGUCCCUGGAACUCAGAAGAUGCCAAAGGUCUCCUGAAGUCGGCCAUCAGAGACGAUAAUCCAGUGGUGUUCCUGGAGAACGAGCUGAUGUACGGCGUUCCCUUCGAGAUGUCAGAGGAGUCGCAGUCCAAGGACUUCACCGUUCCCAUCGGGAAGGCCAAGAUCGAGAGACCAGGGAAUCACAUCACUUUGGUUUCUCACUCGCGGUAUGUGGGUUACUGCCUGGACGCCGCCGCCGUCCUUGCCAAGGAAGGGGUGGAGUGUGAGGUGAUCAACCUGCGGACCAUCCGUCCGAUGGACGUGGAGUCCAUCGAGGCCAGCGUGAUGAAGACCAACCACCUGGUGACGGUGGAGGGCGGCUGGCCUCAGUUCGGGGUCGGAGCCGAGAUCUGUGCCAGAAUCAUGGAAGGUCCCGCCUUUAACUACCUGGACGCCCCGGUUACCAGAGUAACGGGCGUGGACAUCCCCAUGCCCUACGCCAAAAUCCUGGAGGAAAACAGUCUCCCUCAGGUCAAAGACAUCAUCUUCACCGUCAAGAAAACCCUGAAUGUCUGAAACAAACACCUGAAAUUCUCCCAAAGUUACACUCAGACCAAGUCAGCCCACCUGACUCCCAUUUCCUCCCUUUCACAAUAAAAGCUGCUCAGUCCUCAUGUGGAAGUCAAAUUUGCGAAAUGAGCGAAUUGAAAUCUGGUUUCUUUCCUGUCAAAUAUUUCUUCACUACAGCUAAUUUGUUAAAGCUUAGUGGUUAAAUCUGUAAUGUUGCUAAUUUAAUCUCUUAAAUCACGUCGCCUCACUCUGUUUCUCUAACAGACGUUUAGCAGAAUAUUUAUUGUGGCAGCUCCUGUUACAGAAAUAAAAACCUGUUCAUCCCUUUUUUCUGCCACAGUUUGAGGUUUUUAUUCUCAUCCUCUUUGUUCAGGAUGUAAAUAAAGAAAUAAAAGUAAACAAAGA